AUGAAUCUGGAAGAUAAUUAUGAUAGUGAUACAAUAGACGAAGAUCUGGAGGCCAAUCUCUAUGCGUCCGUGUACUUCGAUAACACAGUGGAGCAGCCGAGUGAAGCCGCGUUGCAGACUCCCAAUCACAAAUUUGCAGAUCAGGACUCUCAGCGAGCAGAUAAUUUAUCUAAAAAUGUUACCAGUACGCCCAUGCCUCUUCAAGGAACCUUCAUUGAUUCGCCUGCUAGUAUUUUUCCUGAGUCAUUUACUUGGAGUUUUCCACCUGAACUGGAAAAAACUGUCACAUCUCUGUCAUUGGUAGCAGAUGCCAUCUACCUGAAUCUCACUGGUGAACUGCCGCCAUCAGUCAAGCAAUCGUUUGCGCAGAAGUGUGGACGAUCAUUAGGCCAUUCUUUCUCAAUGGCCGCUCCUCCCACUCCACUCAGCUCAUCUAGGAUAAUAAACGGGUCUCCUUCCGACACCAACCCGAGGUUCUCACGGUCGAAAAGAGUCUCAUUCGAUAUGGCUUCUAGCAGCGACGAGGACUCCGAUGAAAAGGAGGACUUACAAUCUGACCCCGACACUUCGGACAUUAUUCUCGGAGUUUCAAAUAUGUCCAGGAAUGUCUUUUCAGCUCCCAACGACGAUGUCACCGAGAUAUCACGCCUUCUGAAACGAUCAAGGUCCGAACCCGCCUUUUGGCAGUUAGACAGGGAUGACUUGCGUCAAGGUCAGUUCCGGAAUAGUCGCUACUAUGAUGACACAGGGACCUGCUCCAUUUGCUUUAAGAAGGGACACAAUGCUCGGCAAUGUUCGAGGGUAAGUUAUUGGUGUUCAAGAAGUUUAAUUUUUGUCGGUUUGAUUCAAAACAAACUGAGCACCGUUCCUUCUACAGCGCUAGGGUGA